GCUACUUAUGACGGCCGCUGCAGCUGCUGUGUAUGGUUCCACCGCUGUCCGAAAACUUGGCGAUAUGCCGGAAAAUCUAUAUGCCAAGGAACAAAAGGCAUUUAAGCACUGGUCGGCACAUUUAAGUGGAUAUACAGGUUUCAGCACGGCCUCCAGUUCACCAAAAGAAAACACUGCCUCGUGGGUCUGCACCGUCGCCCCAAAAAACAGGAAUGCCCGAUGCAAACACCACCGCAAAUAUCCAAGUGGGCGGACGCUCGUGCCCCGAAGUGAUGUUUGCGCGCAUCAAACGGCUGGUGUUGUUGGAGUCCUCUGCUUCGAGUCCGGCGUUGCCUCGGAUGACUACUACCGCGGCGCCCAACGUAGGCCACACCCACUCUUGAUCUUCAGGACAGGCGUCACACUCGGAUAUCCUUUGCGUGGAAUACCCCCAGCAAGUUCCCUUGCAAAUCUUCCAGCUCGUAUGCGUUGGUGCCGAUGGAUUUCCUUACGCGAGCUUUUAGAAAUUUCCGCGCGAAUUUCGCAUUGAACGCGCGGCUGAAAUCACUCAAUGCAAAGUUUCGCCGGUAUACCUCCUGACCGGGCGCUAGUCUUAGCCGCCGCGCACGCCGGUUAUAGCGAACGCUACUGCGCUCAUACGCCGCAUGCAAUUGUGCCUGGAUUUUCUGUUGCAACAGGGAUUGCCUGUCUGCUGUACACAACGCUGCGAAUUCGUGCUCGUCUAAGGACCUUAAUUUCCUCGCCAAUCGGUAC